AUGGCCAUCACCACCCUUGAUUUUAACCAAUUCCGCAGCACCAGCGCAGAGGAGCGCUUGAAAUUCUGUGCGGACCUCUGCGAGACCCUCUCGGUCUAUGGCUUUGCAAAGGUCCGCAACACUACACUAUCGAACGGACUGAUAGACGAGAUCUUCAAAUACGCCCGGUCCUUCUUCGCCCUGCCAGACACCAUCAAAGCCAAAGCCAAGCACCCGGAGGCCCCGAAUCCCCAUCGCGGCUGGAGCGCCAUCGGCCAAGAGCGCGUGUGGAAGAUCUCCGGCUUCGAGCAGGACCAGCAGCGCACCGACAGCUACAAUGAGUUCCGAGUAUGUCCCAUGCCUAGUCUCCAGUAUGAACCAGACGCUGGUAUCUAA